AUCGCCACUAUUCAGAUCUCAACCGCCCACUCAAAAUUUUUCAUCGUCUUCUUCGCGAAAAAUUCUCAAGAACUCGUAAGAACCCUAGGUCUCUUUCUCUCUCAAAUUUUCACCCAAAUUUCUGAGAAAAUGAAGGUUGUCGGAGCAAAUGUUCAUUUCCAGAAGUUAGAGGCCAAGUGCUCUUCAUCGACAUUCUUUCAAAGCUAUAUGGAGAUGAUAGGCGCUCAAGAACUCUCCGAAUUUAUUCAAAUGGAGAUUCGCCUUAAAUUCGAGGAAGAAGUUCUUGAAUUCUACAGGAAUGGAGAAGUCAAGACUGCUCAUUUAAAGAAGGACCCACAGAGGACGUUUCCAGUUAUCAAGUCCACUGUAGGGGGUACAAAGGUGAAGCUUUCGCAGAAGAAAUUGGGAGAAAAGCUUCGCCUUCCCAAUUCUGGAGUUGAAGUUGGGAAAUUUCCAGUAAAAAAUAUGGACUGGAACAUCAUUGGAAUCUCUGGGCAAAUUCCUUCUGGCCCAGCAAAGAAAGCAGAUCUCAACAAUGAUUAAAAGCUGAUUUUGGAACUGGUCAUCGCCUGCCUCGAGUGUGGAAGUGGAGGUCAUGCCGAUGAAAUCACCCAGGAGAGAGCCUUCAUAAUCAACGCUCUCAUUACCAAAACUAAG